AUGGAAGAGAAGGAAACGAUCAACAAUUAUGUGACGCGUAUUAUGCAUUUGGUGAAUCAAAUAAAGGCGUUCUUUAACGUUAAGAUUCGCAACAUUGUAGUGGCUAUCAAAGAAUCGAAGAAUCUUGCAAGUUUGAGCAAGGAUGAUCUUUUAAGUUCACUCGAGGCGCAUGAACAAAUAAUGGACGGGAGAGGAAACAAUAAGGCAAUGGUGGAAAUAGCUUUGCAAGCUCGUUUGAAUGAGAAGAGUAAAAAAUCGAAAGGAAAAUGGGCUUCGAAAGGGAAGCAAAAUUUUCAAAAUUUAGGGGGAGGUGAUCCAUUGAAUUCGAAGGUUUCGAUAGGGCAAAAAGGAAAUUUCUCAAAUGAAUGUGGUGCAAAACAGAGGGAUUCCCAAGGGGACAAAGUUAAGGUUGCUAGGAAAGAGGUUGAUGAUAAAGAUACGCUCUUAGUGAUGAUUACUGAGGAGUUUCAUGGAAGUACAGAGGUGCUGAACAGCAGCUGCAGCAGUUUGAAAAACGAGGAAGAAUCGCACUCGGAACAAAACAUAAUGACCUCGGUGCGAGAUGGAGUUCAUGGAAGCGAUGAAUGGUACUUGGACUCCGGUUGUUCAACGCAUGUGAUGGGUAGAAAGGAUUUUUUUGUGCAAAUCAAUCAAGUCGCAAAAAGUAGAGUUAAAUUCGCGGAUGAUUCCACUCUUGCAGCUGAAAGUGUCGAUGUCUUGAUCGAGAAGAAGAAUGGUAGACAUUCUAUGAUCAAAGAUAUGUUGUAUACUCCGGCUAUUAAGUGUAACCUCUUAAGUAUUGGCCAAUUGCUUGAGAAGGGUUACAAAAUACGCUUGGAAGAUAAGAUUUUGCGCGUUGUGGAUGCUAGCAGAGUGUUGAUCCUUAAGGCUCCUAUGGCUUCCAAUAUGACAUUCAAAGUGGAGUUAAAAGUGUUGGAGCAUAGGUGGUUAGCUACAGCGGCAAGUCGAGAAGAUUUGAUUUACUUUGUAUUUUAUUUUUUGAAAACCUUAUAUCUUUAA